GCCGAUGAGCCGUCAGUUUGUCAGCGAAACUCAAAGCGAACGGUACGCAGGCGCGCAGUCGCACAUCCGUCAGAUACUUGCCAGUGAAAAUCAGAAUUGAAAAGUGAAGUCUUGCAACUCGCAGAUACGCCGAGUAGCAGUAGCAGAUGUACUAUUAUUAGUAGUAGUGGUGUGACAUUCUAAACUCCGGUUACGCCGCCAAAAAUAUCCGCCCGACCGCCAGUGUCAGUCCGCCUGUCCGCCGAACGAAGGACAAACAUAUAAAUAAGGCAGAAAAUAAAUAAAGCGGAGGCAUAAAAAUUCCACACAUCGUUCGGUGCGCAGCGACGAGAUCGAAUGCGCGGACAAAAAGCCUAAAAUAAAGCACACAGCACCAGACACCAGCACCAGCUUCAGCUCCAGCUCCAGCUUCAGCUCCAGAGACGAGACUAAGGGCGAAAAAUAAACCAAACCCGAGCCGAGCCGGAGGUGCGAGACAAGAAAUUAAAUUGAUAAAGCCUAAAAAGCAAAGACCAGCGACGUUCCUAGGACUUUGUCUUUUUACGUUUUUUUUUUUUUCGCCAUCAUCUUCUUGGUUGCCCCACGCGGCUGCCCGCCGCCCCGCCGGAUAUUGUUGGACCAGCUCCUGGCCGUUUGUUGGCGGUGGUGGUGUUGUUGUUAUUAUUGUCGUGUUGGUGUUUGCACUGCGCGGGCAAUUAUCGGUCGAAUCGGUUGGGUUGGGAAUUCCUGACAACCUCACGUGUCCCUGCGUCGCCUCGCCAGUGUGUGCGUGUGUGUGCUUCGCGCUAGCGCGUGUGUUGGGGUGUGUGAGGCAAAUAGCUCCGAGCCACGAAAUAGUUUUUAUCGCCCCACCGAAAUCGCCAAACUGCACAAAUUAAAAGCGAAACAAAAAAAAAAAUAAAGAAAUAGAAAGAAACUGAAGGGCCCAGCCGCCCCACAAAAUAUUAACCCGCCGGGCUAACAGUCAGUCGCCCACAAACAAACAAACAAACAAACGGCCAGCAAAAAUGUAUAAUAAAAAAUUACAGCAAGUGAUCGUGCAGAAAAUAGAUCGAUAAACCCAAAACCCAAACCCCAAACCCCAAACGCCAAAACUCCAACACAAAACGAACUUAAACCCGAAAAAAAAAAAUCAACAACAAAAAAACGAAAAAAAGCCAACGUUGUCCAGCGGUCCAGAGAGUAUAAAAAUAAAUAAACGAACGACGAUCUGCGAGCGAUCAAGGAGCUUUAGCAGGAAGAGCACGUUUCUGUGUUUUUGUUUCAAUUUCAAUUGUGGAAAUCGUAGAGGAAAAAUUCGAACCGGUCCGAGGGCAAACCGAGACUGCAACUGCAACUGCAACAACAAGGAAGAUUCUUGCAACAACGACGCGGACGAGGACGAGGCCAAGAACCGAUAUUUAUUAAACAAAGACAGAAAUUAAUUUCACGACUUUGUGCACCACCAGCAUAUUGGAGCCACCCUCUUGCCCAAGCGACCCACGCGCCCCCCUGCUACCCCUGUCCGCCAGCCACCUGCCCCCCAUGCGCGGCCUGAACUUUGAGCCAGAGGUCUGGGCUUGAGCAGGGAACUAAGGAUCUACGGUUCGCCGGCAAAAUGUACGACAUCAAGCGCCUGGAAGCCGGACAACAACAGCAACUGCAAUCACUACAGCGACUCCAGCAACUUCAGCAACUACAGCAACAACAGCAAUCCCUGGGCCUUGACCUGAGCGGUCUGCAGAAGCAGCAGCUCACCUGCAGCGUGAUAGCAGCGCCCUCCCUGAAGCUCCAGGAUAACCCCAAUUCCAGCGAGGCCACCCACAUGACGCUGCUGUCCCUGCGCCGGCGUCGAUCGCUGCAGCGUCGCGCCUGCCUCCUCAGCAUCCUGGCCGCCUUCGUCUUUGGCAUGGCCCUGGGCGUGGUAGUGCCCAUGUUCGGCCUGCCCCGUAGCCCCGAUGCCGCCGAAUCUCCGCCAGACAUGCUCCAGGAAAUCAUAGUGGAGCCCCUGCAGAACAACUACCGCGUGGCCUUCAUCAAGGAGGAGCAGGACUCUGAGCUGAGUGCCGAGCAGGUCUUCCGCAACGCCUUCCACCUGGAGCAGGACAAGGAUGCCCCCGACUCCAUGGUGGUCAAGAAGCUGGACACCAACGACGGCAGCAUCAAGGAGUUCCACGUCCAGCGCACGGCCAGCGGACGCUACCGGAAGGGACCGGAGCGGAGGUUGACCAAAAAGGUUCCGGAGCGCAGGACGCAGGCGGAGACGCUUCGCUCGCCGGUGACCACCACGACGCAAGGCCCAAGUGGCCUCAUCGAGGACAACGUGUUCUGGGGACCAGUGGUGGAGAAGGCUCUGCCCAAGGGUUUCGCCUCGGAGGACCAGCUCAGCUGGGAAAGAUUCGUGGGCGAGCAGGGCCGCGUAGUCCGCCUGGAGGCGGGCUGCGGGCGCAUGCAGAACCGUCUGGUGAUCUUCGCUGACGGGACACGGGCCUGUGCCCGCUACCGCCAAAACACCGACCAGAUCCAGGGCGAGAUCUUCAGCUACUACCUGGGACAACUGCUGAACAUCAGCAACCUGGCACCGAGUGCCGCCACAGUGGUGGACACCUCCACGCCCAACUGGGCGGCUGCCUUGGGCGACAUCAGUCAGGCCCAGUGGAAGGAGCGCCGACCGGUGGUGCUGACCCGCUGGCUAUCCGACCUCGAGCCCGCUGGCAUUCCACAGCCCUUCCAGCCGCUGGAGCGGCACCUCAACAAGCACGAUGUCUGGAAUUUGACGCGCCAAUUGGAGGGGGAGGGCGAGAGGGAGACCGAACCCGAAAGGCAGACGGGAUUACUCAAGCGGUUGGGGGCUGCCAGUUCGCCAAGCUCCGAUCAUCAAUCACGUGCGAUUGAAGAGACGGGAGCUGGCAAAGAAGGUGCAGCCGCAGCAGCCGGCCCUGGAGGAGCGGGUGCAGGAGGAGAUGCCGAGGCUGGAGGAGCUCUGGUGCAGCGGCUAAUUGAAUUGGCACAAUGGUCCGAUUUAAUCGUCUUCGAUUACCUGAUCGCGAACCUCGAUCGCGUGGUUAAUAACCUGUACAACUUCCAAUGGAACGCCGACAUCAUGGCCGCCCCGGCCCACAACCUCGCCCGCCAGCCCGCCUCCCAGCUGCUCGUCUUCCUGGACAACGAGAGCGGCCUGCUUCACGGCUAUCGUCUCCUCAAGAAGUACGAGGCCUAUCACAGCCUCCUGCUGGACAACCUCUGCGUCUUCCGGCGACCCACGAUCGAGGCCCUCCAGCGCCUGAGGGCGGCGGGGCCGGGCCAGAAGCUGCGCGAUCUCUUCGAGAAGACGACCAGCCCCGGAGUGCGGGAUGUCCUGCCGUCGCUGCCGGACAAGUCCGUCAAGAUCCUGGUGGAGCGCAUCGACCGGGUGCUCGGACAGGUGCACAAGUGCCAGGGCAGCUAAUGAAGCCAACAACACCUCGACUGAUCAGCUGUAAAUAGAGGGCGGAGCAUCUUCAUCUGGAUAGUCAUGGGAGCGGGGGUGUACGUACGCACGUGCCAGCCUGUAUUAGAGGAGCGAUUACUAGAUCUAUUUUGUAAAUUGUUUAAAGUUAAUUAUGAUUACUACGAUCGAGCCAAGAGCCCAGCGUACGCCCCCCGUGCAGAGCAGAUCCAAGUAUUAGAGGGUGGUCCACUGAAGAUUAUCGUGUAAAUGCCAGAGUAUUAAGUUUAACCUACUCCCGUAAUUGUAUCUGUAUAGAAUAAGCCCAGCUAGCCCUAACCAUCUGUUUGUGAUAUUUGUCUAAGAAAGAAGAGAAGACCAGGCUUAAGUAGAUUUCAUUUUAAUUUUUAAAACCAAUAAACAACGAAUAUACCGAAAAGCAAA